AUGUAUAAUUCGUUUUCUUUGUUAAUUAAUGUACUAUUUAACUUGCAGCUGGUACUAGGCGGCUCGGGCUCGUGCGGCAUCUGCUCGGCGUGCGUGGGCCGCCUGCGAGACGCGAGCGACUUCAAGCUGCAAGUGCAGCGCAGCCAGGCGGAGCUGCAGGCACUGCUUGUUAAAGCGGAGUCUGCAGCCAAAGUUGAGCUGGCUGAUGAUGGCGCGGAUGAUGAUUCAGUGUUUGAUGUGUUAUAUGAAGAGCCCGUACUGGUGGAUCAGUCAGAGGUCGGCGAAGAGAAGACCAAGGAACUCAUGGCAGAGUCUGCGGCCAAAUCUGAGCAGGCUGAUGACGGCGCGGAUGAUGAUUCAGUGUUCGAUGUGUUAUAUGUAGACCCCCUCGUCAAGUCGGAGACGGAUGAUGUGAUGAGUGACGGCGGCUCGUCAGCGGCGGUGUGUUCGGACGGCAGCGCCGCCCGCGCCAGGGAACAGCUCGCGAUGGCUUGUUCCGUGGUGCUCGAGCGCCUCCGCGACGACGCGACUGUUCACAGUAGAGACAAGCCAUUCUACUGUGAAAACUGUGGCGAGCAUUUCAGAAGCAAGACUAUUUUAAGAAAACACACACGUGUCGACCGGACCAAAACCAUUUGCUUGUGUUUUUUGUAAUUCUACGUUUCAAACCAAAUUGCUUGUGAUAGAACACGAGAAAAGCGAACAUGGUUUUUCAAAUUUCAUGUGUGCUGAAUGUGAGUAUACAACAAGUAGCAAGAAAACUUUGGAGACUCAUUUAAAGAGUCACUUUUUGGAGAUUAAUUUCAAUUGUAGUCACUGUAGUUACACGAAUUCGUGUAAAAGUGAUUUACACAAACACCAAACAAUACACUUUGCUGGAAAUCCUAUUAAGUGUAGCGACUAUGAUUCGAAAUGCAAAAGUCACCAGAAGACGCACAACCGGAGAAUACUACUCACUGGAAAAAAGCUUUACAAAUGUAGUUAUUGCGACUACAAAAGCAGUCAUAUUACUAGCGUACGAAGACAUGAAGGGACACAUACUGGCCAGAAACCAUUUACGUGCAGCUACUGUGAUAAAAAAUUCAUUCAGAAAUCAGGCUUACUGAAUCACCUGAUGAUACAUACUGGGGCGAAGCCAUUUCAAUGUACCCACUGUGAUUACAAAUGUAAUCGGAAAUCACACUUAAAAAUACACCAGCGGAUAUACACUGGAGAAAAGCCUUACAAAUGUAGUGAUUGUGACUACAAAAGCAGAAAUAGUUCAGGCUUACGACUCCAUGAAAAGACACAUACUGGCGAGAAACCUUUUACAUGUAGCUACUGUGAUUACAAAUGCAUUCAGAGAUCAAAUUUAAAAAUACACCAGAGAAUACACGCUGAAGAAAAGCUUUACAAAUGCAGUCAUUGUGAUUUUAAAUGCAAUAAUAAAUCUUACUUAAAAAUACACACUGGAGAAAAGCCUUACAAAUGUAGGCAUUGUGACUACAAUUGCAAGCAUUGGACAAGCUUACGAAGACAUGAAAUGACACAUACUGGCGAGAAGCCUUUUCAGUGUAGUCACUGCGAUCACAAAUUUCACUUAGAAAAUCACCUGAUGAUACAUACUGGGGCGAAGCAAUUUCUAUGUAGCCACUGUGAUUACAAAUGCUAUAAUAAAUCACACUUAAAAAGACACCUGAGAAUACACACUCGAGAAAAGCCUUACAAAUGUAGUCCUUACGACUACAAGUGCAGUUUUAAUUCUCUGUUACGAAAACACGAAAGGACACAUGCUGACGAGAAGCCUCAGUGUAGCGACUAUGAUUUGAAAUGCAAAAGUCACCAGAAGACGCACAACCAGAGGUACCAGAAAAUACUCACUGAAAAAGGGCUUUACAAAUGUAGUUAUUGCGAAUACAAAAGCAGUCAUAUUACUAGCGUACGAAGACAUGAAGGAACACAUACUGGUGAGAAACCAUUUACGUGCAGCUAUUGUGAUUAUAAAUUCAGUCGUAAAUCAAGCUUACGAGAUCACCUGAUGAUACAUACCGGGGCGAAGCCAUUUCAAUGUAGUCACUGUGAUUACAAAUGCAUUCAGAAAACACACUUAAUAAGACACCUGAGAAUACAUACUGGAGAAAAGCCUUACAAACGCAGUCAUUGCGACUUUAAGUGCAGUGAAAAAUCUUCCCUACGUCGUCACCAGAAGAUGCAUGCUGGGACGAAGCCUAAAAAUUUGUAAUUGUGACUACAAAGUGCAGCCUGAAACAGCACCUGCGAAGAUACCAGAUGAUACACGGAAGCGAAGUCAAAAGGCGACAUACCCUUCAACGUUCGUGUUGUAGUAUAAGUUGCUCAGUGUAAUCCUAAAACCUCCCUGGCAACACUUAUUUUUUUUCCACUUUGUAGA